GGCAGAUGAGAGACCGUCCGGACGCCCCCUCGGGCUCCGACCCGCCCGCCCCAGCAGGGGUGAUAUUUCGGAGCAGGGAAUCCCCAUACCGAAGACUGGACCGGGAAACUUCACCCCAUAUUGGAGCGGGUCACUCACCACCCCAUCCUGGGGGUCCCGGUCCUACACUGGAGAUGGGGCUAACCUGGCUCUGUUUCGAACGGAGGGACCGCCACCCCAUGUUUCGGGCAGACCCCUUUUCCCCGACACUGGCUCGCGGGGGUGAUGCCGGCGGUGGGGCCGGGCCGGGAGCGGCCGGGGGAGCCGGAGCGACCCGCUAUGGAGCGGCCCCGGGGCCCCAGGCUCCCCCCGCACCGCUCCGAGAUGCCCCGGGCUGCCCCGAGCCUCCAUCGGCCCCGGUAAUUCCGCCUCGGGAGUCCGACACGGGAGCAAAACAAAGACCCAGCCGGGCUGCGGGCUGAUGUUUUCCCUCGCGCGGAGGGUUUCCUUGGUAAAAUUCAGAUGUUUCCUUGGGUCUCGAUUAAAAUAACAAAGUGGGGUAUUUACUAGGAUGUUAUUUCAAGUCUCUUAAGUCCCUGGUUAUGUCUGUUGC